AUGGCCGCCCCGGCGCCCGUCGGCCUUUCGGGCUCCCGCAGUCCUCGGCUAGCCGCCGGCCUCCAGCUAUUCCCAGUGUUGGGGCUGCUGCAGCUGCUGGCCGCGCCCGGCCUGGGCCGCGUCCACCACCUGGCGCUCAAGGAUGACGUGAGGCAUAAGGUUCAUCUGAACACCUUUGGAUUCUUCAAGAAUGGGUACAUGAAGGUGAAUGUCAGUAGCCUUUCAGUGAAUGAACCUAAAGGAGCCACAGACAAGGACUCAACUAUUGGAUUCAGCUUAGACCGAACAAAGAAUGAUGGAUUUUCUUCUUAUCUGGAUGAAGAUGUGAAUUACUGUAUUUUAAAGAAACAGUCUGCCUCUGUCACCCUUUUAAUCCUAAACAUCUCCAGAAGUGAAGUGAAAAUAAGAUCUCCACCAGAAGCUGGUACCCAGUUACCGAAGAUCAUCUUUACCAAGGAUGAGAAGGUUGUUGGUCAGAGCGAGGAGCCUGGUGUUGACCCUGUCUCAGCAGGCAGCCAGGCUCCAAAAGAACAAGAAAAUGGAAAGUCUAAAAGAAGUACCGUGGAUUCAAAGGCAACAGGAGAGAAAUCCUUUUCUGUUCGUAAUAAUGAUGGGGCAGUUUCAUUCCAGUUUUUCUUCAACAUCAGCACUGAUGACCAAGAAGGCCUCUACAGUCUUUAUUUUCAUAAGUGUCUCAGAAGUGACGUUUGGUCUAAUGACAAGUUUUCAUUCAGCCUCGAUAUCGAGAUCACAGAGAAGAAUCCUGACAGCUACCUCUCAGCGGGAGAAAUUCCUCUCCCCAAAUUGUACAUUUCCAUGGCCUUCUUCUUCUUUCUCUCUGGGACCAUCUGGAUUCACAUCCUUCGAAAACGACGGAAUGAUGUAUUUAAAAUUCACUGGCUGAUGGCUGCCCUUCCUUUCACGAAGUCUCUUUCCUUGGUGUUCCACGCAAUCGACUACCACUACAUCUCCUCCCAGGGCUUCCCGAUCGAAGGGUGGGCUGUGGUGUACUACAUCACUCACCUCCUGAAGGGGGCGCUGCUGUUCAUCACCAUCGCACUCAUCGGCACGGGCUGGGCUUUCAUUAAGCACAUCCUUUCUGAUAAAGACAAGAAGGUCUUCAUGGUGGUCAUCCCGCUGCAGGUCCUGGCCAACGUGGCCUACAUCAUCAUAGAGUCCACCGAGGAGGGGGCGACAGAGUACGGCCUGUGGAAGGACUCCCUGUUUCUCGUUGACCUGCUGUGCUGCGGCGCCAUCCUCUUCCCGGUGGUAUGGUCAAUCAGGCAUUUACAAGAAGCGUCAGCCACAGAUGGAAAAGGCAAGUUCCUUUCUGCUAUUAACUUAGCGAAGCUGAAACUUUUCAGACAUUACUACGUCUUGAUCGUAUGUUACAUAUACUUCACCAGGAUUAUUGCGUUUCUCCUCAAACUUGCUGUUCCGUUCCAGUGGAAAUGGCUCUACCAGCUCCUGGAUGAAAUGGCCACGCUAGUGUUCUUUGUUCUCACGGGGUAUAAGUUCCGUCCAGCCUCAGACAACCCCUACCUACAGCUCUCUCAGGAAGAAGAUGACUUGGAAAUGGAAUCUGUAGUGACGACGUCAGGGGUGAUGGAGAGUAUGAAGAAAGUCAAGAAGGUGACCAAUGGCUCGGUGGAGCCGCAGGGUGACUGGGAAGGCAGCGCAUGA